ACCACGGGUAUAAUUUUUGGGAAAAAACAAUGAAAGAAAGGGAGCAAUGAUCGAUGAGAGGAAAAUUGGAUAAUACCUUGAAAUUUACGAAAACUCCAUACCCAAACCCUAAUUCAUCACAUUCGCCAUGGAAGUUACUUCUGCAAUCCAUCGUCUCUAUCUCUUUCCCCAAGAACCCAGAUUCUCCUCUUCCACACUCUUACGCUCUCAAACAGGAACAACGCCUCGUGCUUCUCAAACUAGUUUCUUAGGCAUCUCCAAGCACAAGAGAAAUGUAUUGAGGGUAUCAUUUUGUCCCAAAAUUGAGUUAGGUGGAUCUCGUUACUGUUUCAAAUUGAAUAAUAAACUCCCCAGGGAUGUGAUUGUAAGAUCCGAGAUUACUGCGUCUGGGUCUGGAGGAGAAGGCUAUUCAAUACCUGAACUCAAAUUGGAAGCAAAAGUUCGGGGAGUUUGUUUUUACGCCGUUACUUCCUUUGCUGCUAUAUUUCUUUUUGUCUUGAUGCUGGUUGGACAUCCAUCUGUGCUCCUGUUUGAUCGUUACCGGAGAAAGUUUCAUUAUUUUGUUGCCAAAGUCUGGGCUACGCUGACUGUGGCCCCGUUUUUCAAAAUUGAAUAUGAAGGGUUGGAGAAUCUUCCGCCUCCAGAUACUCCUGCUGUGUAUGUUUCCAAUCAUCAGAGUUUUUUAGAUAUAUAUACUCUUUUAACUCUGGGAAGAAGCUUUAAAUUCAUAAGCAAGACUGGGAUAUUCCUUUUUCCAGUAAUUGGGUGGGCAAUGUUUCUUUUGGGUGUUAUUCCCUUGAAGCGCAUGGACAGCCGGAGCCAGAUGGAGUGUCUUAAAAAAUGCAUGGAUCUGAUCAAGAAAGGUGCCUCUGUUUUUUUCUUUCCGGAGGGAACACGCUCUAAAGAUGGAAAGUUAGGUGCAUUCAAGAAGGGAGCUUUCAGCAUUGCUGCAAAGACUAAAGUACCAGUGGUACCAAUUACCCUUAUUGGAACUGGCCAAAUCAUGCCAGCGGGAAGGGAGAGUAUAGUUAACACAGGUUUCGUGAAAGUUGUUAUACAUAAACCUAUUGAUGGAAAUGAUCCUGACAUGUUAUGCAAAGAAGCUAGAAAUAAAAUCGCCAGUGUGCUGACUCAAGCUUGAAAAAUGUACUGCAAAAUAUUUAUGUAAAUUUCUAUUAUCUGGGAAUCAAAACCUCUUGUGCAUUGAAUCGAAUUGAAAAGGUAAAAUGUCUGCCUCUAGUAACUUGUAGCAAAGAAAUUUCGUAGUUCAUCAGUGAACUGUGGUGAGUGCGGAUUGUGGGUUGUUCUUUUAGAAGGUGAUUUGAGUUAUCUUGUUCAUACUAAACACUUUGUUACUUCCUGUGGUGCAGUCAUGCUUUGCUUUGGUGGAACUAUUUUGAUUCAUGUUGAAGUAUUAGCCAUGAGUUAGCAGAUGAGUUAGCAGCUCUUCAGGCGUUGAAUUCAAUCUUUGUUCAGUCAUAUUGGUUCCACCAUGUUUUUCUUUCUAUAGGGAGGAUGGAGGCUGUUCCUUGGAUCUGCUGAUCAACAAAGGGUUGAUUGCAAUGGCGGUCCAAGUGUUAGAAAUGGAUAAUAUUGAUAUUCUAAUUUCAGUUUUGCAACUAAUUUUUAUGUAUAAACUGCUUGGCAGGUUUUUAGUAUAAAGAGGGCGGAAAGGAAGAGUGGAGGUAUCUUGGAGAAAUCAUUUGUUUUAGUUAUGGACAGAGAAUAUAGUUCUCUGUAGGAGCUUGGCUCUGGGGUAGAUUGGGAUUCAUCCCUUUUUGCAUUUUAUAUUUCUUCAUUAAUCAAA